AUGCGACUCUCACGUCCCUUGCUUCAGCCGCCCGCUCCACACUUGAAACGCGACAACUCACGAACACUUGAUGUGCAGGGUCUUUGUGAUGCACGCAGACAGUAUUCCGUUCACGCACUCACAGCCCCAUCGACUACACAACAGUCACCACGACAAAGAACACCACUUUCAAUACCAUUCGAGGUCGUACGAGACUACGACAUCAGCAAGGACCGAGCAGUCGGCUCCCGCAAAUUUGCCAUUGCACGCAUACCACGGCGCUACUGGCAGCAAGAAGAUGGCGCUGGCUCGGACCUACCGAUGUGCAAGCGGAAGGAUGAAGACGAAGGUGGCGGAUAUGUUGACAACCAUCCUGUCGAUGAGCUCGAACGAGGCUGUACUUCAGUCGAGGCCCCAGGACCAAGCUUGAACAAGGCAUCAGAGGCUGGACCCGACAAGAGGACGAAGUCGGAGGUUCGAGAUUGUCAGUGGUGGAUCAAGCAGGUAGUAAAGGCUCUGGUGGAUGAAGGCAUACUUGGAGCACUCUUUGAUGGAUCAAGAGAGGAAACAGCAAAACUUAUAGGAGACGCGAUGGCCGCACUACCGGUGCACUAA